AUGGAUUUACCUAAUUCCCUCAAAGCCGUAACUCUCACACACGUCCGGUACCGUCGCGGCGAUCAGCUCGGACAUUUCCUCGCCUGGAUCUCACUCGUCCCUGUCUUCAUCAGCCUCGGAGGAUUCGUUUCUCAUUUCUUAUUCCGUCGUGAGCUUCAAGGGAUUUUCUUCGGUAUAGGUCUCGUGAUCUCUCAAUUCAUUAACGAAUUUAUCAAAACCUCCGUGGAACAAGCUCGUCCCGAGACUUGUACGUUACUCGAAGCUUGUGAUUCACAUGGAUGGCCUUCUAGUCACUCGCAAUUCAUGUUCUUCUUCGCUACGUAUUUCAGUUUGAUGGGAUGUAAAGGAAUUGGUUUUUGGUUUGGGUUAAAGAGUAAAUGGAUUUUGAAUCUUCUUCAUUGGUCUUUAGCUCUUGUUACCAUGUAUUCUAGGGUUUAUUUAGGGUACCAUACGGUGGCGCAAGUUUUCGCCGGAGCUACGUUAGGUGCUAUUGUUGGAGCAAGUUGGUUUUGGGUGGUGAAUUCUGUGUUGUAUCCAUAUUUUCCGGUGAUUGAAGAGAGUGCUUUGGGGAGGAUGCUUUGUGUGAAGGAUACUUCUCAUAUUCCUGAUGUGUUGAAGUUUGAAUAUGACAAUGCAAGAGCUGCUAGGAAGAAUAUGGAGACUAAGUCUAAUUAA